CCUUCGGGUACCCCACUCAAACAGCGUGUGUCUUCUCGCCAAGCAGGUAAAGUGACAAGCGGACAUGGCAAAACUACUGUGGAGAAGAGUGUCCCCACGAGUGAAGCGACUGCUCUAUGUAUUUGCAUUGUGUUGUUUAGUGUUUACCGGGUACGUGUUUAUCGGUAACUCCGUUAUGUACGAGGAACCAAGCGGUUUACCGGACCAAGUUACACAAAUCACUGCAAAAGAAAAAAUAUUUGAUCCGAAAGACUACACAAGCUGUCCGUCGCCAAUUGAUAUUUAUGAAGAAAGAAAUGUUACCCACCACAAACUCCAAAUUCGAUGUGGCGUGGGCAAAGCAGAAUUGUUCACUGACUUCUCCAGUGACGCCAAAGUCCUGUCGAUCAACUCUGGGGAACCUUGUCUGUACAACGCCAUUAAUAACUACUGUCCGUCAGACGGCUACAAAGUACCAAACCUGGCUCAUUACAUUUGGUUUAAUAUCAAAACCAUGUCGUUUUAUCAUUUUCUUAGUUUUAUGAGCGUGCAUUUGUUCCAAGCGCCCUGUGUGAUCCUCGUCCAUGGCCACCUCCCCGGGGGUCCGUACUGGAGAUAUCUGGUCCGGGUCGUACCUAACAUCAUUCACGUGGCGACAAAUCCCCCGUCCACCUUCAACGGAAAAUCGAUAGUAUCCAUGGAGCACAAAUCGGACCUCGUCAGAUUAUUUGUCCUAAAAGAAUACGGCGGGAUAUACUUCGACAUAGACAGCGUCCUGCUCCGUAGUCUCGACUCCAUAAGGAAUCAUUCGGUUACGAUGAGUCUUGAAUACUGGUCAAACCUCUCAAACGGACUCAUCCUGGCCGAGCCGGACGCCAAAUUUACACGCAUGUGGAUUUCCAAAUACCGUGAAUACACGUAUGACCCUGAGUUUUAUUUUGAGUACUCCCUUUUCGUACCAACCAAGAUCGCGAGACUGCAUCCGAAAUGGAUUCAUGUCGAGCACAUGACUUUCUGCUCGCCAAACGGUGAAAACAGAAACCAAAUAUUUGAAGGAAAUUAUGACUGGGGCAAAAAUUUUGCUUUGCAUCUUUAUAUCCGGUUUUACAAAAAAGAGCACAGCUGUGCUGACGUCCGGAAACUUAACACAACAAUUGGUGCCGUGGCUAGGACAAUUAUACGGAAUGAAGGUCCCAUCAUACGUCAUCGCACUGUCCUUCCUGCUCAUGUGUCGCGUGGGGCUGACCAGUGGUCAAGAUGACACAAAUACUAAUAACAGUGUGCUAAAAGUGGCCGCCAAUCUCUUCUUUCUCGUCUUGGAGAUCAUCAUGGACCUAAUGGCUGAGGAGAAAAAGCCUGCUCGCUGACGACCAUACAACCAGCGGUGACGAAUAGUCUAGUCAACGAAAAGUCACUUCAGUUUUAUAUUGUAAUGAUUUGGAGGAUUUAGCAAGUCAACGAGACAUAUAUGUAAUGGUUUUUAACUUCAAAAUAUAUAUAUAUAAUUAAAAAUAUAUCUAUUCUAGAUUAACAUUAAUUUUGUUUUUAAUGAACGACAGCCAGACCAAACGCAUAAAUUCCCAUUUGUCUUGAAACUUUUGAAGGAUAUCGAUCAUAAUUCAUGGAAUAGGAACUGUCAGUAAAAAUACUUGAGUAUUUUAUAUUAAAAAAAAUGAGUGUUCCAGACUGACAAUAUUUAAUGAUAAGGGU